UGAGUGAGAGUCGCAUGUGUGAGUGGCGUGUGUGAGUGUGACGGUGCCUGAGAGUUUUUUGCGCGCCUGGAAUCGUCCGCAGCUCGGGUGCUGUCACCGCCUCGCACCGCGGCCACAGCUCCGUGUUCGCUUCAUGCGAGUUCCAGUCGCGGCUCUUCCACCCGUCCGCCAGCGAUGACUGAGAGCCCCGCCACCCAGCCGGCCGCCGGGGAAGGGUGUCAACGGGUGAAGAACGGACUGAAGCCCGAGAGGAACGGCUUCGUGAGGAGCCUCCACCGCUCCCGUGAGCGCCAGCACAAGCGCCACUGCCACCCCGAGGAGGAGGAGGUCCGAACAUCCUCCCAUGAUGGCAGCCUGUACAAUCAGCCCUUUAUCGAGACGUUUGAGGAGACGCCCAUGCUGGUGGCGGUGUUCACCUACAUGGGCUACGGCAUCCUGACCAUCUUCGGGUACCUCCGCGACUUCCUCCGUCACUGGAAGAUCGAGAAGUGCAACGUCGCCAGCGAGAGGGAGGAGCAAAAGGACUUUGUGCCCCUCUACCAGGAUUUUGAGAACUUCUACACCAGGAACCUCUACAUGCGGAUCAGAGACAACUGUAGCAGGCCCAUAUGCGGUGCCCCUGGGGCCAAAAUGGAACUGAUGGAAAGAACGUCCAGAGACUACAACUGGACGUUUGAGUACACAGGUCGGUCAUUGCCGGAUGUGAUUAACUUGGGCUCGUACAAUUACCUGGGCUUUGCAGAGAACACAGGUCCGUGUGUUGACUCGGCGGCAGAAGUCACCAUGAAGUACGGCGUCGGAGUUGCAAGCUCCAGGCAGGAGAUUGGCAACCUGGACUGUCACGAGGAGAUGGAGAAGUUGAUGGCGGAGUUCCUUGGCGUGGAGUCAGCUAUGGUGUUUGGGAUGGGGUUUGCGACCAACUCCAUGAACAUACCAGCACUGGUGGGCAAGGGCUGUCUGAUCCUGAGUGAUGAACUGAACCAUGCGUCACUGGUCCUGGGAGCCAGACUCUCUGGGUCCACCAUUCGAGUCUUCAAACACAACAAUAUGCAGAAGCUUGAGAAACUGCUGAGAGAAGCCAUAGUUCACGGGCAGCCCAGGACUCACAGACCAUGGAAGAAGAUCCUCAUAGUGGUGGAGGGCAUUUUCAGCAUGGAGGGCAGUAUAGUCCGCCUGCCAGAGGUGAUCGCCCUCAAGAAGCGCUACCAGGCUUACCUUUACGUCGACGAAGCCCACAGCAUCGGGGCCCUGGGGCUGAGAGGGAGAGGUGUGGUCGAUUACUUUGGCCUGGAUCCCAGCGAUGUGGAUGUCAUGAUGGGCACAUUUACCAAGAGCUUUGGUGCUGCAGGGGGAUACAUUGCAGGGAAACGGGAUCUUAUUGAGUACCUGCGCUCCCAUUCCCACAGUGCAGUCUACGCCGCCUCCAUGUCUCCUCCUGUGGCGGAGCAAAUCAUCACUUCUAUGAAGUGCAUUAUGGGAGAGGAUGGCACAACAAUAGGCUGUGAUCGUGUUCGGAAGCUGGCAGAAAACACAGUCUAUUUCCGCGAGAGGCUUGAAGCAAUGGGCUUCAUCAUCUACGGCAACAUCGACUCUCCUGUCAUACCCAUGAUGCUCUACAUGCCUGCAAAGAUAGGAGCAUUCGGGAGGGAGAUGCUGAAGAGGAACAUCGGGGUGGUGGUGGUGGGCUUCCCAGCCACGCCCAUCAUUGAGUCCCGGGCACGCUUCUGCAUCUCAGCCUCCCACACAAAAGAGAUACUCGACAGGGCUCUGUGUGUCAUCAACGAGGUAGGAGACCUGCUUCAGCUCAAGUACUCCCGGCACAGAAUACAGCCUUCGUUUGGGCGGCCUUCUGACGACAACAUGUACCAGGACAUUGACGACUGACUCCCCUCGGGAAAUGGCCUGGGCCUCCGCAGCCCCAGGGAAAUACAGAAUGGGUCGAGACAGAUCACAAGUCUUCCACAAGGAGAGAGAUGUGCACAGGUGCCCCUUGUCACUAGCUUGCCAUAACGUACCCCUCCCCACCCCAACAAGAGGGAACACAUUUAGAACUAAUUCUACUUUGCCUUACGUAAACAUGCAAACCCUGUGGAAAACUCACUGAAAAAGCGCACCUCUGCUUUUGUUUGUGAACUUUUUAUUUCUCUUUUAUAAGUGUGCAUCUAAGAAUUUUUUUCAGGGGGUUGGUUUAUGUGUGUUUGUGUGUGCGUCUGCAGUGCCUGUAGCAUUCGUCACGUUAAACCUUAUGGCCACGUAUGUGAGGUGGACAGAUGUGAGCUUUCCAAAUGGGGAUGUUGUUCCUAUUGUUCCUUAAUCAAAAUUACAUACAAGUUACAACAUAAAAUGACACAUCACUUCCAUGUCUGGAAUUCCUGACAAUUAAUGUUGUAUACAAAAACAAUUGCCAAAUAUUAGGUGCUGAACAGAAGAUGACUUCAAUUAAUAGAUUUUGGAAUACAAACCUUUCAGGAAAUAGACAUAUCUCCUUUGUUCCCAAAGUUCCCAAAUCAAUACUCUCAAGCUUUUACAGUUGAAAUGAAGCUUGAGCCUUUCAAUUGUAAUUUGUAACUUUUGAUUCUAUAACAAACACACCACACAAAGUCAAAAUGUGCAGUAGAUUGAACCAAAGUCUGCUGCACACCCCUCAUUGAUUAUGUCUGAUUCCAUUGUAAAUGGAAAAAGCUAAACACCGACAAAUCUACAGUCCCUGUUCCAAACAGUGUGGUUUGUCGCCUUCAAGUUAGAAAUAAUGAUCGUUGAGUUGCCUUGUCACUGACAGUUUAACUAAGAAUAAUAAUAAUCACAUUUUGUGGGUUCAUCCAACAGGAUUACAGUUUAUAUCUAUCCAAAUUUAUAUCAGUCAGUUAAAGUUAAGUUUUAACUUGCUCUCAGUGGCUACACUUUAUUAAAAAUUAGAUUUUUUAUAGACUAAAAAAAAACACCAGUUUUUAUAAAGGAUCAACUAAAAGAGUAAAACUUUUAUUCAGACCCUUAAACUGCUGCCAUUGAAAAUGGUAAGAAAUGAAAUUGUAUCCUAGAUGCUCAUUAAUGUUGUCAGCCUCUUUUCACCACUACUGUUACAUGUCAUCAUCACUGGCAUCGUGUGUAUCCAGGGGAUUUGUUUUUGUUUGUUUGUUCAGUUUUUAAUUUCACACAAUUCAAAGGCGGAGUUGUUACUGUAACAAUAGCCUUUUACUUUAAUUUGUUUUUGAUUGAAAGGCUCAUGCAAGUGUAAGCUGUUCUCCACUUAAGUGUUGAAGGUCAGUUAAGUCAUUUUGAGGAAUGGAGGCAAAAAAGAUAUUAUAUUUAUAUCGUCAUAUCUCCAGGCCUGACAGGAGAAUACUAAGAGGACUAGAGUGAUCUGGGUGGAAUUCAGCAUUGAUAAAAAUACCCUGCAUUUCCACUUCAUUUUUUUGGUACGGAGCCGCUAAUUUCCUGACAGGUGAUUUUUAUAUAUUUUUGUGUGGUUUUUGUGCCCACAAGAUAACUUGUAUAGAUACAUAUCUUGGUGCCGACUAGGUGUUGUGAAGCCUUCCCUGAUUCUAUUUGGGUUUUAAUUUUCCUAUUUCAGCUUUGGUUUUACACAUCAAACGUAUUAUAUCUUCCGUUUUGAAACGGAUUUUAUGCCUAGUCCGAGUUUUAAAAACACUUUGUGGAUUUUGUAACGUGACCUAAUUUAUUAUGUUUUAAUGCAAGAUAUUGACUCAUUCCCACGUGGUCAAAAUCCUGUUUGCACAAGAUAACCUUGUGGUAAAAGUUAGUAAUUGUAUAGUCCAGUCUGCAUGUAUUGAAAACCACAGGGAAGUAGCUUCAAAGCUUUUUACAGCUGCAGUAGUUUCAUUGUAUGACAUAAGUGAAAAUAGAACACGAUGAGCUGAGUACUCUCCAUCAAGUGGCUGUGUGUAUCUGAAGCCAGGAAAGACGCAUUUGAAAGCAAUGUAUUGUGUGCAGACAAGUUAUUUAUCUUGUGUGAAUAUCACCAUUUGGGACUUAAGGGCCUCCGUACUAGGUGCUUAUUAGUACUGACCUUGCUGCUUUGUGAUAUUGUUAAAAUGCCUUGCAAAACCAAGUGUUAUCUUUCUGCUGUGACUCAAACGUCAUGGAUAACUUUAAAUUGUGUGCGUGUGUGUGUCUCUUGCUUUUUCUUGUACAAAGCCGUCUGUCUUUUGAACUCUCGAGUUAUCUUUACAAUGUGCUAUGGAGAUUUUAAACUCCUUAAAGAAGGCAGCUGUAAAGAAAUACAUAAAUACACAUAAAAAAAAAAAGGUCCCACAUACAUACAAUUACUCUUGCACUUGUGCGACUUUGCAAAUAUCAUGUGAGCACUUGUUCCAUGUAUCGAUGCAUGUACAGCUGCUCCACACCACAGCCAGAUACUGGUAUAUACACACUUCUGCUAUGAUAUGACUUUUUCUGAAUGUUGUGAUAAAAAUCUGCUUAGUGUCAGAGAAGGUUUGCGUUAACGUGUGUGUUUGGGUCCAGGAAGGUUGAUUUUGUUUUAUUUCAAAUUGAUUUCGAUCUGUCACUGUUACAGUGGUGCUUGUGUCAGUGUUAUUCUGCUCGAAGCAAAGAGUGACGAUGUUAUUCUGAGGAUAGCAGCCAUUCACAACAUAUUUGUAUAUCAAAAUGACAUUUACAUUAUUUGUUAAGUCGCCAAACUUCAAGGCCUCAUGUCUGAUUAAUGAAGCAGAUUUAGAUAUAAUUCAGAGAAUCCUUCAUGAUUAUUAGUUCUUGUACAAACAAUAAGAAGAUGUUGUGACACUUUAAAUCCAAGGCAUGUUCCCCGGUUAUCUUAACAAUUAAGCCACAUUGGUCUGAAUUAAACGGAGCAGAUUAACCUUCCUGCCUUUUUUUUUUUAUGAUCUGUGAGCUUUGUUGUUGAAAGAGAGCAGUGGAAGAGGGCCCCACUAUUUUGUACGAAGUUUAUUUUGUUUCCACGGGUUAGGGUUGAUGACAAUUUUUUGUUUACUAUUAAGUCACCAGAGAAAAAUGGUCGCCACUAUUACAGGCAGCAUUUUUCAAAAGUACUGGAGCCGUGCCAAUAAUGGCGGCAAUUAUUCCAUCGGCGUAUUAUCACAAGUCAGAGAUGAUUAUUUCUGAUACAGUGCCUUUUGAUGCCAAUGAUUUUCUAAGAAUUCAGACGAGAGUAAGUGUCAUUUACUUGGAUUGUUCAUCUUUUAGUCUUAUUGGUUUCUUUUAAUACAACUGUGCUUGUUAUUAGCGCUGGGUGUGUUCUGUGUUGACUAAUGGCGAUGCAUUUGAUCAUAGAAAACGCACUAUUUGCAACAUAUCAGCAAAUAAUAAUUGUGAAAAAAUAAUAAUAAAUACUGUUUGUCAAGUGUCACCCAUGUUAAUGAUGGUAAAUCAUUAAAAGAAUAAAAACAAAA